GGUGUGUGGUUGAAUAAUUGUGAAAGAAACUUGGUGCAAAUUGUUUAGCUCCACCUUCAGAACAAAAAAUGGCAGACGUCGAAAGUAAACCCGUCAUGGAUGUGCAAAGCGAACCCCGAAGUAACGCAGAAGCGAAGAAGCUGCUGCGUGAGGACAAACAGCGCGAAGCCAAGAUUGAGGAUCAGCUAGCAAAGGCGCUGAGCGGCAUGACGGUGGAUGAAAAGUACGCCGCGGUCCACAAACGGUUGGUUGCAUCGGAAAAGGAAAAUCGGCGCCUGGUAGGGUUGCACAAGCAGUACGAACGGACGCUGGACGCGUCGAAGCGCGAGAAGGAAAAUCUCAUCCUCGAGCACGACAAAAUAGCCUCGACAAAGAAGAAGCUGGAAGACCUAUGCCGGGAGCUGCAGCGGCAUAAUAAAUCGAUCAAAGAUGAAAGCCUGGCACAGAUCCAGCUGGAGGAGGAAAAGCGCAAACAGACGCAAGAGAAGUUUCAGCAAUCGUUAAACGAAAUACAGCUUGUUAUGAACGAAAACAACGACAAAAACAUGAAGCUCAAGGAAGACAAUAUGGAGAUGGCCAAAAAGUUUAAAGUGAUCCUCGAGCAGUAUGACCAGCGCGAACUGCAGAUGGACAAGAUGAACAAACAGAUGGACUUGCUCACACAAUUGAACGAUGCCAAACUAGCCAAGAUCGCGAUGGAAUCAAACGGCGAAAAGGAAAAGUUUCUUUCAGAAAAAUUAGUGCUGGUAACGGAACUGCAGAUGGUGAAAAAGCAACUGGCCGAAUUGCAGGCAGUCGAGACGCAUUUACGAGGGCAGGUUAACAUGUACUCGGAUAAAUAUGGCGAGUUUCAGGACUCGCUGAAGAAGAGCAGGAGUAUUUACGAAGGAUACCAGGACGAUAUGAAGAAGAUGUCGAAGAAAAUGAAAACGCUCGAGAAGGAAACCAUGGCCUGGAAAUCGCGUUGGGAAACGAGCAAUGCGACCGUGCAAAAAAUGCUGGACGAGCAGAUCGAACGGGAGAAGCAGUUCACGAAAACGGCGCGCCAGUUGUCUCAGCUAAAAAUUCUCUGUCGCACGUUGCAGGGAGAGCGAGCCACCUAUCUGGCCGCACUGAAGGAAGCAAAUUUGCCUGUGCCUAACGAAGUGAUGCCCCUUGACGAAGACAAGCUCAAUGACCGCGUGGAAGUGAAGGAGCAGAAUGCGAAUAAGCAGCAACAGCCCACCGACAAUCACGUUAAUGGUCAUGCCACUGAUAGCACGCUGCAAAGUGAAACAAAAACUGCCACGGAUGUACCACCGGAACCAGUCGCUGCACCACUCGAGGAAGUGUCGACGUAGUCCAUCCGUUUUUUUCCACAUUACCUCUGCUUCUGCGCUACAAUCUUUCGGAUGCACGUAAAGUUAUUUUGUUUCGUUUUAAUGCACGAUUUGUUUGAAUUUGCUUGUCCACUGCGGCAGCUAUCCGUGUGCAUGAUCGUCAUAUGAUCGAGAGUGUUUGCGUUUGAUGUAUGUCCUACAGCUAAGAAAAAAAAAUAAUUGAAAAGCGCAAUAAAUAUACACCUUGGUGAUCUUUUUUCUCAACAGUCAACCAUCAAUACCAAUGAAAAGACAAAACGUAAAACUUGCUUGUUUUUAUUUAUUUUUCCACCAAUUUAUUCAUUCAUGUUUUGUUUACUUUUUCGAACACGCAUUGUUA